AUGGCUAACAAUCUGGUUAUUAGAGCUUUGAAAGCUAACUCAAAGUCGUUCAAUUUGAGCUCGAAGAAAAUGACCGACGUUCCCAAAUCGGUUGCCAGAUUAACAACUAUUUCGACCCUUCGGUUGAACAAUAACAGCCUUACAACCCUGCCGGUGGAACUGCGGACCUUACAACGCGUGAGUAACGUUAACGACGGACAGUUAUGUCUUGGGUUAUUUUACUUGCCUGCUAGCUAUAUAACCUAUGUAUUUAUCUUGCAUAUGUUGCUUUUUGUUAUCUAUUUGCAUACUGCAAAGCUGACAGAACUCAAUUUGGGAAAUAAUGCUCUGGAGGAGAUCCCGUCUGUCCUGAAGUACCUGAACUCCUUGAAAAAACUUUAUUUGUUUGGAAACCACAUUACAAGAUUGCCACCAGAGGUGUUGGGUAAGCUGUCCUGCUGUCUAUGGAUUAAGAAGACUUAAAUAGGUACUGUACAGUACCAUCAUCAUCACUCAUCAUCAUCAUCAUCAUCACUAUAUCUUGUAUCUUGCAGAAGGACUUCAUAACCUCACUCUCCUCAAUCUGAACCACAAUCACAUCUCAGUCCUUCCACCAGAGAUUAAAAGGUACCAAUUUGUUGACCAAUAGCCUAAUUGUGAUUCAUACAGCAAACCUGUAGAUGGUAUUAGAAUAGGCUACAUAGGCUGUGUUUACACAGCCAGCCCAGGUCGGACAUUUCCCCACUAGGCUAAUUGGUCUUUUGACCAAUCACGUCAGAUAUUUUCACAUCAGCUCUUUUUCAGGGCUAACCUGGCGACCCAGACACCUUGCUCUGGUCAAAUGCUAGGCCACGCCCACAGACGUUAGUUUCUUCUCCUCGAUGAGUCUGGAUCUAAUGUAGUCCCGUGUAGCUCAGUUGGUAGAGGAUGGUGCUUGCAACGCCAGGGUUGUGGGUUCGAUUCCCACGGGGGGACCAGUAUGAAAAUGUAUGCACUCACUAACUGUAUGUCGCCCUGGAUAAGAGCGUCUGCUGAAUUACUAAAACAUGUUUUUUAAAGAAUGGAUCUGAGUACCUCCCCGACCCUUCACUGAAUACCAACACUUUGGGCUCCCGAGUGGCGCAGCGGUCUAAGGCACUGCAUCUCAGUGCCAGAGGCGUCACUACAGACCCUGGUUCGAUUCCAGGAUGUAUCACAACUGGACGUGAUUGGGAGUCCCAUAGGGCGGCGCACAAUUGGCCCAGCGUCGUCCGGGUUUGGCCGGUGUAGGCCGUCAUUGUAAAUAAGAAUUUGUUCUUGCCUAGUUAAAUAAAGAUAAAAUACAAAUUAGGGGCUGUCUGAUUGGUCCAGAAACCGAUGGGUUGGGCCAGAGCCAGAACACGUGGUUUGAAAAUUCGUCAUUGGCUUUGAUACUCUGAUUGGUUAGAGACGAUCCAAUUGCUGAUGACUUCGUUUUGUCAAAGGCCCUCGUGCCCCUCGUCACAACAAACGACUUCAAUGAUGGCCGUCUCAGACUGAAGUAUGUAGCGAACCACAGAGCAGCAGAACAAUUCAGUGUGAGUCGUCAGGCUAUCUGAUUGGUCAAAACACCAAUUAGUGAAAUCUCGGUUAACCCAGAACUAAAACCUUGAGUAUUUUGGUAUUUUUCGAAAAGAUCUGAUGUGAUUGGUCAAAAGACAAGCUGGUAGAGCACGGCGCUUGUAACGCCAAGGUAGUGGGUUCGAUCCCCGGGACCACCCAUACACAAAAAAAUGUAUGCACGCAUGACUGUAAGUCGCUUUGGAUAAAAGCGUCUGCUAAAUGGCAUAUUAUUAUUUAUUAUUAUUAAAGACCAAUUAGUGUAAAAAAGAUCAGAGUUUGGCUUUCUGUGUAAACACAGCCUCUCUAAACAUAUUGAGGAUCUGACCAAAUUACUCAAGAUUUUAGUUCUGGGUUAACCGAGAUUAGGCUAGAUAAAGAAAUAUCUCAUAACCACAUGUUCUAUUUUCUCAGUCUUUCUAACCUGGAAACCCUCAGUUUACUGGACAACCAAUUGGAGGAACUUCCUGUAGAAAUAGGUUUUCUCAAGAAGAUGGUUGAGAUUAAUUUAACCAACAACGAGCUGGGCAGACUGCCCAAACAGAUAUACAGUUUGUCACAACUGGCCAGAUUAUAUCUGGCAAGAAACAACCUCACAGAACUGCCAGAGGUAGGUGUUGUUCAGGCUCUACUUGAUGUCUGAUGUUUCAUCUUUCUUAGGUAUCUUUGUUAAUAUUGUGCUUGUGUCAUUUUCUCUGGCCUUGCUUCAAAUUAGGUUACCGAUCCUCCACUCUGUUAGGUUUCAUUGUUAGUCAGUUUUAUAAAAUGAAUCUGUUCCAUGACCUGAUGGUUUACUGUCCCUAAACCUGUCCUCUUUUCCCUCAGGGUGUUAUUGGGCUGAUGAAGCUCAGAGUGCUGGAUGUGGCUGGAAACCGUUUAUCCAUGUUUCCUGUCGAUGUAUGUACCGUUUUGUCUUCACCACAAUAUUGUUUACAGUACAACAACAACAAGAUAUAGCACAAUAUGAAGAUGUUAUUGUUAGAGGAGGUAGGCCUAAUGGUGUUGCUGUCUACAGUUAGAGGAGGUAGGCCUAAUGGUGUUGCUGUCUACAGUUGUUAGAGGAGGUAGGCCUAAUGGUGUUGCUGUCUACAGUUGUUAGAGGAGGUAGGCCUAAUGGUGUUGCUGUCUACAGUUGUUAGAGGAGGUAGGCCUAAUGGUGUUGCUGUCUACAGUUAGAGGAGGUAGGCCUAAUGGUGUUGCUGUCUACAGUUGCUAGAGGAGGUAGGCCUAAUGGUGUUGCUGUCUACAGUUGUUAGAGGAGGUAGGCCUAAUGGUGUUGCUGUCUACAGUUGUUAGAGGAGGUAGGCCUAAUGGUGUUGCUGUCUACAGUUGUUAGAGGAGGUAGGCCUAAUGGUGUUGCUGUCUACAGUUGUUAGAGGAGGUAGGCCUAAUGGUGUUGCUGUCUACAGUUGUUAGAGGAGGUAGGCCUAAUGGUGUUGCUGUCUACAGUUAGAGGAUGUAGGCCUAAUGGUGUUGCUGUCUACAGUUAGAGGAGGUAGGCCUAAUGGUGUUGCUGUCUACAGUUGUUAGAGGAGGUAGGCCUAAUGGUGUUGCUGUCUACAGUUGUUAGAGGAGGUAGGCCUAAUGGUGUUGCUGUCUACAGUUAGAGGAGGUAGGCCUAAUGGUGUUGCUGUCUACAGUUGUUAGAGGAGGUAGGCCUAAUGGUGUUGCUGUCUACAGUUGUUAGAGGAGGUAGGCCUAAUGGUGUUGCUGUCUACAGUUGUUAGAGGAGGUAGGCCUAAUGGUGUUGCUGUCUACAGUUGUUAGAGGAGGUAGGCCUAAUGGUGUUGCUGUCUACAGUUGUUAGAGGAGGUAGGCCUAAUGGUGUUUGCUGUCUACAGUUAGAGGAGGUAGGCCUAAUGGUGUUGCUGUCUACAGUUGUUAGAGGAGGUAGGCCUAAUGGUGUUGCUGUCUACAGUUGUUAGAGGAGGUAGGCCUAAUGGUGUUGCUGUCUACAGUUGUUAGAGGAGGUAGGCCUAAUGGUGUUGCUGUCUACAGUUGUUAGAGGAGGUAGGCCUAAUGGUGUUGCUGUCUACAGUUAGAGGAGGUAGGUCUAAUGGUGUUGCUGUCUACAGUUGUUAGAGGAGGUAGGCCUAAUGGUGUUGCUGUCUACAGUUAGAGGAGGUAGGCCUAAUGGUGUUGCUGUCUACAGUUGUUAGAGGAGGUAGGCCUAAUGGUGUUGCUGUCUACAGUUCCAGUUUCUGGCCCUGAACGAGCUGCUCUGUGAAGGAAACACGUUUGUGAAGAGCAAGCUGAUGGAAUCUGUUCAAGCUGUGGAGGUGCUGUCAUUGAAGGUAAGCUCUCAUCGUCGGCGAAAUAGGCUAUGUCAGAGGUCUCCAACUCCAGUCCUGCAGGAGUACAUGGUGUGCAGGCUUUCGUUCCAGCCCUUCAGUAAAUGCUACAUUUGUAUUAUAUUAAAUUCCAUUUGUUUUAUUUGUACUUCUUCUUAUUUCUUAUUGUUGUGGUAUUUUGGAGAGGGAACCUGCAGUCAGCAGUGCAUUGGACUGGGUACACCAUGUGUAUCCUGAGCAUAUGAAAACAACUGGAACAUUAACACACCUGAUUUAGCUGAUCAUUACUCAACACACCACACCAAAACACACCACAACACCAAAACACAACACACCAAAACACACCACAACACCAAAACACACCACAACACCAAAACACAACACACAACACCACACCACAACACCAUCAGUAGUACUGACCUGUUGCCAUCUCUGUAUCUCUGUCUCCAGGAGCUGUCUGCUCGUCAGAUCCUGGUGGAGGACAGGAAUAGGUUCAGUAUGGUUCACCUGGCUCUGUCCUGCCACCCUGGUCUGGGCCUGCUGCUGGCUGACAGGGGCACGUGUGCCCUCUGCCUCCAACCCUUUCUCACCACCUGGCUGGAGUGUGUACGCUUCAUCAACCUCAGGAAGGUACAGUUACAGAGAGUAUACGUCCCAAAUGGCACCCUAUUCCCUACAUAGUGCACUAUAAAUCAAAUCAAAGUUUAUUGGUCGCAUACACAGAUUUUCAGAUGUUAUCGCAGGUGCAGCGAAAUGCUUGUGUUUCUAGCUCCAACAGUGCAGUAAUACCUAGCAAUACAAUAAACAAAACACAAUACACAGAUAAUCCAAAAAAGCAAGUGGGGACAACAGGCUGGGAUAGGGAGGGAUUGAAUAUGUCUGUAAACGUUCCAGCCAGCUGGUCUGCAGAUGCUCUGAGGACGUUAACACGCUUAAAUGACUUAUUCACGUCGGCCACAGAGGAAGAGAGCACACAGUCCUCGUGAGCGUUGGGGGCCCUGUCGGCGGCUCAGUAUUGUUUUCCUUUAAGCGAGCAAAGAAGGUGUUUAGCUCGUCCAGGAGCGAGGCGUCGGUGUCCGCAACAUGGCAGGCUUUCCCUUUGUAAUCUGUGAUUGUCUGGAGUCCCUGACACAUACGUCUCAUGUCUGAGUCGUUGAAUUGCGACUCCCCUUCGUCCCUGUACUGACGUUUUGCCUCUGAUUGCCUUACGGAGGUCAUAGCUGGUUCCCAGUCACCUUGCCGUGGUUAAAUGCGGUGGUUCGCGCUUUCAGUUUUUCGUGAAUGCUGCCGUUUAUCCACGGUUUUUGGUUUGGAUAAGUUCUAAUCGACACAGUGGGAACAACAUCCUCUAUGCAGUCAGUCACCGAGUCAGUGUAUACGUCAAUACUAUUUUCUCAGAAGUGACCCAGAACAUUUCCUAGUCCGCGUCAUCAAAACAAUGUUGAAGCAUAGAUUCCGAUUGGUCAGACCAACGUUGAACAGUCCUUACCACGGGUAUUUCCUGUUUAAGUUUCUGCCUAUAGGAGAGGAGGAGCAGAAUGGAGGCUUGAUCUGAUUUGCCGAAGGGAGGGUGGGGGAGGGCCUUGUAGCUGUCCCGGAAGGGGACUAUGAUCCAGGGUCCAUGUUAAGUAUGUUGCACAGGAGAUGUGUUGAUAGAAUUUCAGUAGUGAUUUCCUUUAUUAAAGUCCCCAGCUACAAUAAAUGUGACCUCAGGAUAUGCGGUUUCCAUUUUGCACAAAGUCCAGUGUAGCUCCUUGAGAGCCGUCAUGGUGUCGGCUUGGGGGGAAUAUUCACGGCAGUGACAAUGACUGAAGAAAAUUAUCUCGGGUGGUAAUUCGGUCUGCAUUUGAUUGGGAGGUAUUCCAGAUUGGGAGAACAAAAGGACUUGAGUUCCUGUACGUUACCACAAUCACACCAUGAGUUGUUAAUCAUCAAACAAACCGCCCUGCCUUUGUUUUUCCUGGAGAGUUCUUUCUUCCUGUCCACAUGAUGGACAGAGAACCCCGCUGGCUGAAUGGACGGGGGCAAUAUAUCCGGAGAGAACCAUGAUUCCGUAAAACAGAGUAUGUUACAGUCCCUGAUGUCUCUCUGGAAGGAGAUCCUCGCCCUGAGAUCAUCUACUUUGUUGUCCAGGGACUGUAUCUUAGUGAGUAAUAUACUCUGAAGGGGUGGAUGGUAUGGUAUGGAUGGCACACCGCCUGAGUCUGACUAGGGCCCCUCUUCUUCUACCUCUUCUCUGGCGUCGGCGUUUUGGUGCAGACCUGGGAUGAAUACAGCUGCCUCGGGAAGUUCAAGCAAAGGAUCCAGGUCAGGGAAUUUCUGCUCUAAGUUCUAAUGAGUGACCGCCAAUCAAAUAUCCAGAAGUUUGGCUAGCAGAUAGAGACAGGGCGACCGUGUCUGUUUGUUUUUAUUUUUACAUCAACCUCUUUUACAUCCCACCUCUUUAAGGAACACCUGGGAUAGGAUAAAGUAAUCCUUCUAACCCCCCCCCUUACACCACCCCACCCCCCACAAAAAAAAAAAAAAAAAAAAAAAGAUUUGUAAAGUGUUUAUCCCACUGGCUAUAAGGUGAAUGCACCAAUUUGUAAGUCGCUCUGGAUAAGAGCGUCUGCUAAAUGACGUAAAUGUGCCCUUGAGCAAGGCACUUAACCCUAAUUGCUCCUGUAAGUGGCUCUGGAUAAGAGCGUCUGCUAAAUGACGUAAAUGUGCCCUUGAGCAAGGCACUUAACCCUAAUUGCUCCUGUAAGUGGCUCUGGAUAAGAGCGUCUGCUAAUGAGUGGUCCUCUGUAGCUCAGCUGGUAGAGCACGGCGCUUGAAACGCCAAGGUAGUGGGUUCGAUCCCCGGGACCACCCAUACACAAAAAAAUGUAUGCACGCAUGACUGUAAGUCGCUUUGGAUAAAAGCGUCUGCUAAAUGGCAUAUUAUUAUUAUUAUUAAAUGACGUAAAUGUAAUGUAAAUGUACGGUAACUGAGAUAGGGUGCGUCCCCUACCUAGUGCACUACUUUGACAGUAUACAAAACAUGGUUGAAGACAAAGAGACUGAGUUCAUAGGGGAGACCAGUAGCCAUCUGCAGCCAGACAUCUGCAGACACUACAGCUAGUUUACACAUACAUUCAUUUAUACUUCUUUCUGAUGCAUAUAUGGACUCAAACAAUAUAUUUAAAGUUAUCAGUCAUCUGGAAUGAACUUACUUUGUGUCUAUGGUUUCAGUCAUUGGUGUAGUGAAGGGUAAACACAUAUCUUUUUCCCACUACAUCACUGGUUUCAAUGGUAUACUAUCCGUAGACACAUAGCACCACGCAUGAGCCAAGCAUGAGCCAAGCAACUGUCUUACUGAUCUCUCCUCCAGGACAUGA